CAGCUCUCCUGUUUAUCCUCAGCGUGGUUUUAAGUUUUCCUCUCGGCGAGAAGAAAACAGACGUUCCAACCUGCGGAUACGAGUCAUGUCAUGCCACCAAGCCGGGCAUGUUGAAUGUCCACCUGGUCCCGCACACACAUGAUGACGUUGGCUGGCUCAAGACUGUGGACCAGUACUACUAUGGAGAUCGUAAUGACAUCCAGCACGCUGGUCAGUACAUCCUGGACUCAGUUGUGGAUCAGUUGUUGAAGAAUCAAGACAGGAGGUUCAUCUAUGUGGAGACGGCCUUUUUCUACCGCUGGUGGAAGAGUCAGAGCUCCAGCGUGCAGCAGACAGUCAAACAGCUGGUUAAUGAAGGCCGUCUGGAAUUUGUGAAUGGUGGUUGGUGUAUGAGCGACGAGGCUGCCACACACUACAGCGCCGUCAUUGACCAGAUGACCAUUGGUCUGAGGUUCCUUAAUGAGACUUUUGGAGCCUUUGGCCGUCCCCGCGUCACCUGGCACAUCGACCCCUUUGGCCACGCCUGGGAACACGCCUCCAUGUUUGCACAGAUGGGAUUCGAUGGCUUCUUCUUUGGUCGUCUAGACUAUCAAGACCGGGCUCGCAGGAUGAGGAAUAAGGAGCAGGAGCUUCUAUGGAGAGCCUCCGACAGCCUCACUCCUCCAAUGGCUGACCUCUUUACUGGGAUCCUUCCUAAUGGCUACAACCGUGAGGGCUUCUGUUGGGACCAGCUCUGCAGUGACCCACCUAUCAGAGACGAUCCUGAUCUUGAAGACUAUAAUGUUGAUGAUGUGGUGGGACGCUUCCUUGUCAUCGCCAACAGUCAGUCUACGGUCUAUAAGACCAACCACAUCAUCAUGACCAUGGGCUCAGACUUUCAAUAUGAGAAUGCCAACCUGUGGUACAAGAACCUGGACAAGCUGAUCCACUAUGUAAAUGCCCGGCAGGCAAAUGGCAACAAAGUCAACGUGCUCUACUCUACACCGUCCUGUUACCUGCAGGAGCUGCACCGAGCAAACCUCACCUGGCCAUUGAAGACAGAUGAUUUCUUCCCCUAUGCAGACGACGCUCAUGAUUUCUGGACUGGCUACUUUACAAGCAGACCAGCGCUGAAGCGAUAUGAGAGGAUCAGCAACAGCAACCUGCAGACUUGUAACCAGCUGGAGGUAUUUGGUGGUCCAGCUUCCAGGAAAGGACCCUUUGGGGAAGGUGAAAGCCAGACCAUGAAGAAAGCCAUGGCUGUGGCUCAGCACCAUGACGCUGUGUCGGGCACAGAAAAGCAACACGUAGCAAAUGACUACGCCAGGAAGCUUGCUAACGGCUGGCAACACUGUCGGGUUUUAGUCAGUAACAGUCUGGCUGCUCACAGCGGCUUGUCUGCUGAGCGAAUCUACUGUGAUAACCUCAACGGCCUUCAUGAUGUGAUGUUCUUCUACUUCCCUGGCCGCUGUGUCUGUUGUAGCGUCCUGAUGACACUCAGUUUGUGCUCCAGUGGAUUCCUUACCUGGAUGACUGACGAUACAUCAAGACAUUUGAACAGCAAGUGGGUAGAGUCACAGCUGCGUGCCCGAGUCACUAUCCUGUCUGAAAUUCUCAAUGUGUACAACCCUCUCGCUCGGCCCGUCACUUGGCCCGUCAGGCUGCCGGUCAAUGGAACAGCGUACAGCGUGUCAGAUGCUAGUGGCAAAGCGGUGGACUGCCAGGUCAGUAUGUGUGCCAGCAGCAAGUAUGAGAGAAGGCAGCCUUCUGGAGCCUACAUCUUCAGACCCAACUCUUCCACACCUUUCGUCAUCAGCCGGACGGCCAAGACGGAGAUCAUUAAGACGUCAGUGGUGCAGGAGGUGAGGCAGUGGUUUGCUCCCUGGGUGUCUCAGGUGGUUCGUCUCUAUGCUGACAGCAGAGCUCUGGAGCUCGAGUGGACUGUGGGACCUGUGCCGAUAGAUGACAGCCUGGGGAAGGAGGUGAUCACUCGUCUGGACACCAGCAUCAAAACCUCUGAAUAUUUCUACACUGAUUCCAACGGCAGAGAAGUUCUGCAGAGGAAGAAAGACUUCUGGCCCACCUGGAACCUGAAACAGUCAGAGCCCAUUGCUGGAAACUACUACCCAAUCAACUCUCAUGCUUAUAUCAAGGAUGAUGUGGACCAACUCACUGUGGUAACGGAUCGCUCUCAGGGUGGAGGCAGCAUCCAGAAUGGUUCACUGGAGAUCAUGCUCCACCACCGGCUGCUCCACUAUGAUUUCCGUGGUGUUGGUGAACCUCUCAACGAGAUCUCUGGCAUCUUCCCAGACGGGCUGGUGGUCCGCGGCCGCCUCCUGCUCACCCUCGAUCCCCUGCCGACUGCUGCCGACAUGCACCGCCCCCUCGCAGAGGGGAUGGUGUUGCAGCCGCUGCUUACGUUUACUGAUGGAGAUCUGAAGCCAAACACUCAGCUGGAGUUCUCAGGGCUCCUGGCUGCACUGCCCCCUGCUGUCCACCUGCUGACACUCAGUCAGUGGGAUGAAGACUCAGUGCUGCUGAGACUGGAGCAUCAGUACCAGAGCUCAGAGAGCAAAGUGAGCUCUCAGGCAGUCACAGUCAACCUGCAGAAGCUGUUUUCAACUCUGGAGGUUCUGGGUGUGGCUGAGUUGAACCUGUCGGCCAAUCAGUGGAAAGAUGAAAUGAAACGUUUUGACUGGACUCCUGAGAAAGGAGAAAAGCCGCUGCUGAAGACAUUUCAAGACCCGUCCACGUGGGUGACCUUAAGGCCAAUGGAGAUCCGAACGUUCCUUCUCAAAGUCAACCUUAGAUAGCCAAUCACACAUGAGAUUUUAUAGGAUGAAUUAUCGUAUAUUGACAUUCCUGUGGCUUGUUUACGUUGCUGGUUUAAUAAAGUGAGGAUUUUUAGGGGGAAAAAAGAUGAAUGAGAAGUUGUAUUCACGCUGCCUACGACUUAAAAUCGGAUCACAGCUGUAGCCUGGACUGACCUGGGCAAAAGUCAUUUCAGGAUGCCUUCAGUCUUUGAUACAGAAUGUCUGAAUAAGAUUGAAUUUGUUAAAGCUGCCUUUAACAUUUUUGAGAACAUUUAUAUUUGUGGGGUUUUUUUGUGCUGUUGCAGUAACAGAAUAUCGUCUCCCACAAAGUGAUAUGUGCAAUAAAGUAUAAUCUUUGCAUUUCUGCCAUGUUGUGUAUACUUAGAUUUUUCUACUUACCAAGAAGCAGCUAAUAAUAAAAAUCAAUCCUCCUUAC